ACACCCUUUAUAUUCCCAAAAGCUGAAGGAAUGAUUAUGAAAAGGAUAAGCGGUAACGCACGAGUGUUGGUUAAUUCCUUUAAUUUUGUCAAUUCGAUCUUAAGAAUCUUUAAAAAUUUAGCGCUCUCUUGAAACCUACGCGUGAUUCUAACAAAAGUUGGCUUGCAGCAUAAUGUAAUAGAUUUCGUCUCAGAGUUCCUUGGUUCUGGCAACUUUAAAUUUCAAAACGAUAAGAAGUCUAUCCUAUAUUAUUAUAUCGAUUAAAAACGAUUUUGUCUGUUUGACAUUUCGCUUCAUACACUUAGUUAAAAAUUCAAUAAAGGUCAAAAUUAACAAAUUGUAAACUGAGUAAUUAUUAAACUAUUCCAAAUACGAAUAUCUUUAGCACAAGAAAAAUAAUUGACCGGAAUAUACUAAGUUUUAUACCACAAAAUGGCAAACAUGGCUGUUUCUCGUAUAAAGCGGGAAUUCAAAGAAGUUAUGAGAAGUGAAGAAAUUGUGCAGUGUUCUAUAAAAAUUGAACUAAUCAAUGACAGCUGGACAGAAUUGCGAGGAGAAAUUGCUGGUCCCCCAGACACGCCAUAUGAGGGUGGAAAAUUUGUUUUAGAGAUUAAAGUCCCGGAAACAUAUCCAUUUAAUCCACCCAAAGUCCGUUUUAUAACAAAAAUCUGGCAUCCAAAUAUAUCCUCGGUUACUGGUGCAAUUUGCUUGGAUAUUUUGAAAGACAAUUGGGCCGCUGCAAUGACCUUACGUACUGUUUUACUCUCACUUCAAGCACUGUUGGCUGCUGCCGAACCUGAUGAUCCACAAGACGCAGUUGUAGCAUAUCAGUAUAAAGACAAAUAUCAGUUGUUUCUUAUGACGGCUAAGCAUUGGACAAAUAUAUAUGCUGGAGGUCCCCACAAAUUUACUGAGUGUGAUACGAAAAUUCAACGCCUAAAAGAUAUGGGAAUCGAUGAACAUGAUGCGCGGGCUGUUUUGUCUAAAGAAAACUGGGAUUUGGAAAAGGCAACAGAGAGCUUGUUUAGUUAGCUUCUUUUUUUUUAUUUAUAAAAACACAUAUUUAUGGAAAUAAGAAUUUAUCAAAAAUAUUGUUUAGCGAGGUUUGAUAUUUAUUUAAAAAUAAUUAAUCGUAUUUUUUGAAAACUUUCACAUUAUAGUUAUUUAUUUAUUAGUUAAAUCUGAAUUUGUUGUGUUAAACACAAAAUUAAAUAAUAUAUAAUCAUUUGGAAAUGUUAUAAUUGUUAGGGAGAACAAAGUCAUUCAUAUGAAACUGA